AUGGGGAAGGGUCGCGACAAGCGCAAGAAGCAUGAGGAUCCCUUGAAAGCAGUGAAGCGUGCGAGUCGCCAGGCCCAGAAACGUGCCAAAGGGAUUCACAAGGGCGACUCAGGCGACGACGAGGUGAAGGGGUUCAACAAUGAGGAGGCUCCGGAAGUUACGUUGAACCGCAUACGUAAGCAGGAGGGCAAAAUGCGCACCACGUUGGUGGAGGAAAACGUCCCCGCCCCUAGUCCGCGUGCGAAUGUUGUCUUUACUGCUCACCCUGAAAGGGAUCACGAGCUGAUGCUUUUUGGUGGAGAGUAUUGGGACGGGGAGAAAACGGUAGCGUACAAUGACCUGUACUUUUACAACAUCAAGCGCAACUUCUGGUCACGUCUCGUGACGGCGUUGAACCCGCCCCCACGCAGCAGCAGCCAGGGUGUUCUCUACAAGCACUUUCUUCUUAUUUGUGGCGGAGAAUUUGUCUCUCAGUCGCAAUCGCAAUUUCUGCACUUUAAGGACGUUUGGCGUUUUGACACCAAAAAAUUUGAAUGGGAAGAACUAAAGGGCUUGAAAGGGGGUCCGUCGUCACGCAGUGGACAUCGUAUUUGUAUCUGGCGUCGUAAUGCCGUCCUAUUUGGUGGAUUUUAUGAUAAUGCACAGGAAUGCCACUAUUUUAAUGACCUUUGGGUACUUUCGCAUUUGGACGGGCCGGGAAAGUGGACGGCUGUCAAAACCGCGCCAUAUGGUGAGUUGCCUCACCCGCGCAGUGGACAUUCAAUGGCUGUCUGGAAUGACACGCUCUUUGUCUAUGGGGGAUUCUCCAGUGAAAAGUUUAAUCGAUUUAAAAAGUCACAAGCAACCGUGCACCAUGACCUUUGGAGCUUAAAAUUACCGCAGGGUAUCGGUGCUGCAGAUAAUAACAACGCGGAGUGUGAGGUUACAUUAUGGACAAAGAUACGUUUGGGCGGUAUUCCCCCACCCAUUCGCUGUGGCGUGGGCAGUGCGUUUAAAGAUAGCAAAAUGUAUUUGUUUGGCGGUGUUGUGGACAUUGAGUCUCCAGGCGGAAAGGUUGUGUCAAGUUUUUGCAGUGAUUUAUUUGUUUUUCAUAUGGACACGAAACGCUUUUACCCAAUUGUUUUGCGCGCAAGGAGGAAGACGACUGUAUCGGAGUCGAAGGAAGGGGACCUGCAAUCGGAAUUGAAGGCUCUUCAUUUACAACAUCUGAAAGAUGCCUCCAAGUGUUCAAGUGACGAAGACAGUGACGAGGAGGACGAAGAGGAGGCGGAAAGUCAUGGGAACGUUGAGGAAGAUGACAAGGAAGAGAUGAAGGAGAGUUUUGAAGUCAAUAAAAGAGGGCAGAUAUAUCCACAUCGUCGGAUGAACGCAUCCAUGCUUGUUCUUGGGAACACUCUAUACAUUUUUGGGGGUCAGUUUGAGAGUGGCUUGCGGGAAGUCACGAUGUCGGAUCUCUUUUCAUUCAAUCUUCAUACAUGUGACACGUACCGCGUGCUUCUCUCGCAGGAUCUUUCACGUUUGGUAUGGCUUGGUAAGGAGGCAGAGGAGAGUGACGCUGGCUCAUGGGAGAGCGGCAGCACUGUUGUCAGCGCUGCAUUUGACAUGGAGUACGAUGAAGACGACGAUGAGGUUGCGGAAGGUGCUGAAGAGGCAGCGGUGGACGGCGGCGUGGACUUUUCCCGCAUUCCGCGGUCACUGGAGGAUGGCGACAACGAUGAUGAGCCACCGCAGGUUAUCCCCGCGGAGCUUGACACCGCCGUCACACCCGCACGUGACAUUGUGGACGGCAUCACCACUGUAAAGGGCAAGAAGGGCCUCAAGAUACAUAAGGAGCAGCUCCUCGCUCAGCUGGGCGGCGGAUCCGCCGUACCAACCCCGCUGAGGGAGGAGACUCCGGCGUUAUUUUUUGAACGGACGACUGCCUUUUGGGUGUCGAUUGCAACGGAGUCAUUUGCGGAUGCCGGUGGAAAUACGCGUCAGUCGGAGAAACGGAUUUAUAGGCGGGCAAUGCGGUUUGCCUUUCUCCGCUACCACGAGGCAAAGAAACUACUUGAACAACUGCGACUUGUAGAGGAACGCGAAGAGGAGGAGACGCGGUUCUUCAAGGAGCGCCGAGAACAGAAGGAAAAAGAAUGGGAAGAACACGAGAGAAAAAUUGGGGAACAGGAAGAGGAUGAUGACAAGAGUGCCUAA